AUGUCGUCCACAGGUUUAGACAUGUCUCUUGAUGAAAUUAUUGCGAAAAAAAGACCAUCAAGAGGAGCUAGGACAGGUGGUCCUACCCGCACCGGUGGCAUCGUUAAACGUUCUAGUGGUCCUGUCAGAAAUCCUCGGUCUCCACAAGUUAGACCUCGACCUUACAGUAAUACUGCUACUACAACAUCAAAUCUUAACGCAUCACCAGAAGGAAAAAUUCUUGUUUCAAACCUCGCCUAUAAAGUCACAGAGGCAGAUCUUUGGCUGGGGUUUACCGUCAACAAUAAACCUGAAGCGAAAAGGCAACCCUUGUACGAAUUAAUUAUCGUCAACGGCCCUUCUUCGCCAUCUGGCUUUGGAGCCUGGAGAUUCUGA